AUGUCGGCCGCAGUUGCGUCGCUAUUUUCCCUCAGCGGUAAGACCGCCAUCGUGACAGGAGGAACCAGGGGCAUUGGGCAGGCAAUGGCUUUUGCCCUUGCCGAAGCUGGUGCCGAUAUCAUCUUGAUUCAGAGAGACGAGUCGAACACUUCGACUCGCGAUGAGAUCGUCAAUCGCAUUGGCAGGAAAGCUUGGAUCCACGUGGCAGAGUUGUCGAAUCGGGAAUCAAUCAAGGGUGUCAUUCCAGCUCUGACCAGUCAAGGCCUCAAGCCUGAGAUCCUACUCAAUUGCGCCGGAAUUCAACGGAGACACCCCAGUGAAAAAUUCCCGGAUGAAGAUUGGGAUGAGGUUAUCCAAGUCAAUUUGACGUCCGUCUUUACGUUAUGUCGGGAGUUCGGUGCAUACUUGUUGGCGCGAGAUGAGUCAGAGUUCCCAACUGGUCGUCGUGGAGCUAUCAUCAACGUCGCAUCGCUCCUCACCUUCCAGGGAGGUAUCACGGUACCUGCAUACGCGGCGUCAAAGGGAGGUGUCGCGCAAUUAACGAAAGCUCUCUCCAACGAAUGGGUGGCUAAGGGUAUCAACGUCAAUGCAAUUGCACCCGGAUACAUUGCCACGGAUAUGAACACUGCCCUGAUCAAUGAUUCCAACCGCAAUGCUGGUAUCAUGGCUAGAAUCCCGGCGGGAAGAUGGGGCAAGCCAGAAGACUUCAAGGGCGUGAUAGUGUUCUUGGCAAGUCAAGCGAGUAGCUAUGUCUCAGGUGAAAUUAUCACCGUUGAUGGCGGUUGGAUGGGACGGUAA